UCUGGAUAGCGGCCAGCCAUUUUGAAUAUAAGUAAAGUCUUAGUCUUGUAGAAAUGCCCAGCGUGAGAUUCAAUGAUUAAGCCUUGAGUUCAUUACGUCCCCGUUCCUGAUAGCAAUCUCGACCUUCAUCGUGUUUAACCUUCCAAGUUUCCUUUCUACCAAACGUUAAGCUUCCAGUCAAACGCCAUGCAUCUAAUACUUACCGGAGCCACAGGCCUAGUAGGCUCUGGCGUCCUCGACGCAAUGAUCAAGAUGAAGGAAGUCAGCAGGAUAUCUAUCCUUAGCCGUCGGCCUGUCAAGAUGGCUGAAGAUGCCAAGGACCCUCGAAUAAAUGUAAUUCUCCAUAACGACUUCGAGAAGUACGAUUCCGAAUUACUAUCCCAACUCAAGGGAGCUUCAGGUUGUGUAUGGGCUUUGGGCAUCAGUCAAACGCAAGUUGGCGCGGAGGAAUACGUAAAGAUUACCAAGGACUAUACAUUGGCAGCAUCAAAAGCCCUCCAGACUCUGGGCUCGGAAGAGAAGCCAUUUAACUUUGUGUUCGUCUCAGGGAGGGGUGCCACACAGCAGCCCGGUCGAUUCUCCCCUAUUUUCGCCCGAGUGAAGGGCGAGACCGAGCUGGCGCUGGCUGAGAUGCGUAAAGCAAACCCUUCUUUUCAUGCUAGCUCAGUCCGCCCGGCUUUUGUCGAUUCCGCCAGUCAUGAUGCCAUUAAGCCCUACCUCCCCGCCAAAGGAGCGCUAUACAAGGCUGGGGAGGUGCUUCUGGGCCCACCGGUAAGGUUUGCUGCUAAGUCGAUUUGUAGCCCUACUCAAGAGCUGGGGCAUUUCUUGACAGAAAUGGCCAUGGGACGGUAUAAGGACCAGUUCAAGGCAAAGGAUAUACAGAUGGAGGGUGAGUUCCCCAUACUAGAGAAUUCGGCGUUCAGGCGAUUGUCAGGUCUCAGUUCUUAGUGAUGGAGUGCUGGAUAUAAUUACACUUUGGCAUGUCCUUUGACGAUAGGGAGUUUAGGUAUAUAAGAUCACGCUGUACUACUAUUAUAGAUAUUUGGGUAACCUACGGUAGAUAACCACUCUUAAAUUGCAUACUUACUAUGGGUAUAUUUGGGUAUUCUUUCCGACUUGUACCAAGGUGGCGGGCCAAACUCUCUUCUAAAAUGCCCGGUCUAGGUAGGCACAAGUAUCAGACACUUCGUGGGUGUUAAUAUUCAAAACGCCACCUCGGAUCCGAAUCUCCCUGCCAGUCAGCCACUUCCCCGACGUGCUUGAUUUCUUCCGCUAUUACUUCCCGCCUCCUAUUCUC